AUUGUCUGAGGCGGCAGUGGAGACCCAGGAAAAAUCUCGGGAAUCCGCCUGCCCCGGACCUGGUCUGAUCUUGGAUCCUCUGAUCCCUUCCGUGACCACACCACGCCCGAGAUGAAUCUGCGUUCUGUAUUUACUGUAGAACAACAAAGGAUUUUACAGCGUUAUUAUGAAAAUGGAAUGACAAAUCAAAGUAAAAAUUGCUUUCAGCUCAUAUUACAGUGUGCACAAGAGACUAAGCUGGACUUCAGUGUAGUCAGGACGUGGGUUGGCAAUAAGCGAAGAAAAAUGAGUAGUAAGAACUCUGAAUCAGGAGCAACAGGACCCAUUUCUGGGACUUCAUUGGCAGCUCCAGACAUUACAGUCAGAAAUGUGGUUAAUAUUGCUCGGCCUUCAACUCAACAGCCUUCUUGGACUUCUGCCAAUAAUGAUGUCAUUGUAACUGGUAUAUACAGUCCAGCAAGCUCAUCUAGUAAGCAAGGAACAACAAAACAUACAAAUACACAAAUUACAGAAGCAAAUAAAAUUCCUAUCCAGAAAGCAGCCAGUAAAAAUGACACUGAAUUUCAAUUGCACAUUCCUGUUCAAAGACAAGUAGCACACUGUAAAAAUGCUUCUGUGCUCCUAGGGGAAAAGACAAUUAUUUUGUCAAGACAGACAAGCGUACUUAAUGCUGGAAACUCAGUGUACAAUCACACAAAGAAAAGCUACGGAAGCUCUUCGGUACAAGCUUCUGAAGUGACAGUACCUCAAAAGCCAUCUGUGUGCCACCGACCUUGCAAAAUUGAGCCAGUUAGAAUUCAAAGAUCAUAUAAACCUGAACAUACAGGUCUGGCAUCACAUAACUUAUGUGGGCAAAAGCCAACCAUUAGAGACCCUUACUGUAGAACACAAAACUUGGAAAUCCGGGAAGUGUUUUCACUGGCAGUCAGUGAUUACCCUCAAAGAAUUCUGGGAGUAAAUACUGCACACAAGCCUAGCUCAGCAGAAGGAACUUGUUUUUCCAUUGCAAUGGAGACUGGAGAUGCUGAAGAUGAAUAUGCCAGAGAGGAAGAGCUGGCAUCGAUGGGCGCACAGAUAACAAGCUACUCAAAAUUUUAUGAAAGUGGCAAUUCCCUUCGAGCUGAGAACCAAAGUACAGUUUUGCUCGGGACAGGAAGAAAUCUACAGAAUUCACAAAUGGUGAAUAUUAGAGAUUUGUCAGACAAUGUACUGUAUCAGAACAGAGACUACCAUUUGAUACCACGGACCUCAUUACACACAGCAUCUACUACUAUGUACAGUAAUACAAAUCCAUCACGAAAUAAUUUUUCUCCACAUUUUGCGUCAUCAAACCAAUUGAGGUUAUCACAAAACCAAAACAAUUACCAGAUUUCAGGAAACCUUACUGUGCCUUGGAUUACAGGGUGUUCUAGAAAAAGAGCACUACAGGACCGCACUCAGUUCAGUGACCGAGACUUGUCCACCCUAAAGAAGUAUUGGGACAAUGGUAUGACCAGCCUGGGCUCUGUUUGCAGAGAGAAGAUAGAAGCAGUUGCAACUGAAUUAAAUGUUGACUGUGAAAUAGUUCGGACUUGGAUUGGGAACCGAAGAAGAAAAUAUCGUUUAAUGGGAAUUGAAGUCCCACCUCCAAGAGGAGGCCCUGCUGAUUUCUCUGAGCAGCCUGAGUCUGCUUCUUUGUCUGCACUCCCACCGGGGGAGGAAGCUGGGCCUGAAGUAGGAGAGGAUAAUGACAGAAAUGAUGAGGUGUCCAUCUGUUUGUCCGAAGGAAGCUCUCAAGAGGAGUCGAAUGAAGUUGUUCCAAAUGAGACCAGGGCUCAUAAAGAUGAAGACCACCACGCAGUAUCCGCAGAUAAUGUGAAAAUAGAAAUUAUUGAUGAUGAAGGAAGUGACAUGAUAAGUAAUUCUGAGGUAGAACAAGUGAAUUCUCUCCUGGAUUAUAAGAAUGAAGAAGUCAGAUACAUUGAAAAUGAGCUAGAGAUUCAAAAGCAAAAAUACUUUAAGCUCCAGACUUUUGUUAGAAGCCUGAUUCUAGCUAUGAAAGCUGAUGAUAAGGAUCAACAGCAGGCACUGCUGUCAGAUUUACCUCCUGAAUUAGAAGAGAUGGAUUUCAAUCAUGCCUCAUCGGAUCCUGAUGAUACCUCAUUCAGUGUGUCUUCUUUAUCAGAGAAAAAUGCCUCAGACAGUUUGUGAUUCGAGGGGGAAUAUAUGAUAUAGUCGUUUGGUUACCUAACAGAUGUACAUUUCAAGAUUACUGCAUUUUGUGUCCCAAUAGCCUUCAACCGGAAAAAAUACAUUGUUAAAACAUAUAUUCCAUGAAGGAAGGUCAAGAUAUAAUGUCUACAAUUCAAAAAAUAAAUACAAAAAUUAAAAGCACUUGAAAGAAUUUUUCCAAACUUAUAUGAAAUCCUGGAAAACUAUAUUUAUUUUUGAGCCACUCAGCUAUAAAAUUUAUUGUGUCUGAUUUCUUAAAGACUUUUUUGCUUGGUUUUUAAGGAGAAUCACAGUAACAGUUUUAGCCAGAGACACACAAAAUAAGUAUAUUUCUACAUUACUUGCUAAGUUGCUAAACCUGGAGUAGUCUAGUUUUGUGCCAUUCCAUCUUAUUUCUUCCUCUUUCAUUUUCUCAUAUCCCAUAUACACUUUUACUCAGGAAACUCAACUGAAAAUUAAAAACAAACUUAAAAUUUGUUUAAAAACUAUAUUUAACUGGGGUGAAUCCUAGAAUUUGUUUUUCACCUCCUAUUUGACUUAAGCUAAUGGGUGAAAAUUGAAUUGAUUACCAGGAUGUAGUUGUAAGUUAUUGGUAUUCUAUUGUCUAACCCCAAAACUGGAAGGAGCGGAAAACUCUAUAGAAAGUCAAUUCACCAAUUUUUCAAAUACCAUUUUAAGUGUACAGAAGCGACAUAGUAUAAAAGAUUAAUCAUAAUCCAAAUU